AUAGCGCCCACAAUUCACAAACUUGAAAUGGCAAUAGUUCUGAAGGUUAUCAUUACCCUAUUACUCUUCCAAACAUUAGUCCAAGCACACCCUUCGAACACAAACGGCCUCUUUAGGGAAUACAUAGGGGCCGAGUUCAACAACGUUAAAUUCUCCGACGUCCCCAUCAACCCAAACGUUGACUUCCACUUCAUUCUCUCCUUCGCCAUUGACUACGACUCCUCCGGCAUUUCUCCGACCAACGGCAAAUUCAACGUCUUCUGGGACUCCGACAAUCUCAGCCCCUCCCAUGUUUCUUCCAUCAAAAAAUUCCAUUCGAACGUCAAAGUCGCCGUAAGCCUAGGAGGAGACAGCGUCGGAAAAGGCUACGCUUAUUUCAAACCUUCCUCGGUGGACUCGUGGGUUUCCAACGCGGUUUCCACUCUCACAAGCAUCAUCAGAAAGUACCACCUCGACGGAAUCCACAUCGACUACGAGCAUUUCCGCUCCGAUCCCGACACUUUCGCAGAGUGCACCGGGCGGCUGAUAAAGACCCUGAAGAGAAAAGGGGUCAUUUCGUUUGCUUCCAUAGCUCCUUUUGAUGAUGACCAAGUUCAGAGCCAUUAUUUGGCUCUGUGGAAAAAAUACGGGCACUUUAUAGACUACGUCAACUUCCAAUUCUACGCGUAUGAUGAGGGCACGACGGUGUCGGAGUUUAUUGAUUAUUUCAACACCCAAAGCUCUAAUUAUCACGGUGGGAAGGUGCUGACGAGCGUUAUUAGCGAUGGGAGCGGCGGAUUGUCGCCGGAGAAAGGGUUUUUCACAGCGUGUAAUACGCUCAAGAGACAAAAACGGCUUCAUGGUAUCUUUGUUUGGUCUGCGGAUGAUUCGAAGAAGAAUGGCUUUCGAUAUGAGAAGAGAUCUCAAGCGUUAUUAGCUGGUCACCAUUAUUAUUAAGUAUGAUUGAAUAUCUUAUUAAAAAUGCAUAGGGUACGACAAAUUAAAACAGAGUGUGUAUAUAUAAAAACAAAGCAAGAAUAAAUUUGUCUUUAUGUUUUCGUUUGUUACAUUGAGAAAAAUGAUUCUUCUAGGACAAGUGGUUGCUUGUAAGCAGGGAAUUUAACUAGAAAAAGGCUGGACGAAAACCGCGGUCUUCAACGCUCUAUUGA